UUUGCUUACUUUGACACUUUUUUGGCUCAGCUUCCUCCCAAUCAAAUAAGAAUUUUUAUAGCUGAAUCAUACUCUUCUUCGAGUUCUCAAGAAUGGUAUAAAACAAAACUUGUUCAUCUCUCUUCUUUUGGAAAGUGGGAACAGCAUUUGAGGUUCGUGAUCAUGUAGUAGAAAAACAAAGGGCAUAGAGGGAUUACGCAAGGAAGAGAUAGGAUAAAAUAAAAAAUGAGUGUUUCUUUGACUUUGAUGACCUUCAAUCUUCACGAAGAUCAGCCCGAAGACAGUCCCAAUUCAUGGGAAAAGAGAAGGGAUUUGUGUAUAAGCGUUAUUACAAGUUAUUCCCCGAUGAUUCUAUGUACCCAACAAGGAGUAAAAUCUCAAUUGGAUUUUCUUCAACAAGGCUUGCCAGGUUAUGACCAAUUUGGAAUAUCAAGAAAAGGACCAGGAGACACUUCAGAUGAACAUUGCACUAUCUUUUAUGACAAGGAUAAGGUGGAGCUUAUAGAAGGUGGAACAUUUUGGUUAUCAGAGUCACCAUCUGUACCAGGAAGCAUGUCAUGGGGGUCUGCAGUUCCAUGUAUUGCAACAUGGGCAACAUUCCAACUGAAAGGAGUCGAGCCUCCUGGAUUUUCUUUUCAGAUAGUAAAUACAAACAUGGAUGAGUUUAGUCCUCGUUCCCGUAGACGAAGUGCUUUACUUACAUGGCAGCAUAUUGCAUCAUUGCCUCCCAGCUUGCCAGUUGUAUAUUGUGGAGGAUUUAACACUCAAAAGGAAUCAACUACAGGACGUUUUCUUCUUGGGAGAUCAAGAGAGCAUGGUAUAGUGGGGGAUAUGAGGGACACAUGGCCUAAUGCUCGUGUGAGGAAAAAUGUUUCUCUUAUUCGCACUUAUCAUGGAUUCAAAGGUGACAAGCAAGGAACUCUUGAAUUUCUGAAGUUGAUUUUCAGAGCCCUCUGCCUUUGCUGGGAUCGCCAGACCCAGGAUCUACACAUAGAUUGGAUUCUUUUCAGGGGUAGAUCUCUGAAUCCUGUUUCAUGUGAAGUGGUCAGUGAUAACAUUGAUGGAUUCUAUCCAUCCUCCCAUUAUCCCAUAUUUGCUGAGUUUAUGCUUCCUCGCACGGUGAGACUGCUUGAACCAUCCACUCAAGAGGAAAACUGAAAUAGCAUAAUUUUGGAGCCCUUUAUGCCUUCCCCCCUCUAUCUCUAUCUCAUCUUUUCUUUUGGUGUUUCUAUGAUGAUUUUCAAGUGCCAGUUAGGUUCGUUAGGAAAUACUGUGGAUAUAAUUUCAUUUUGGUGUCCAUAUUUGUUGUAUUGUUUCCUUACAGGAAAGUUUUAUAUUUGAAGGAAAUUUUCAUUCAUUUUUUAUUUUCCUGGCAAUGUAAGAACUUGUAACUUAUUGGUGUCUUUAGGAAAUGCUCCUGGUGUUUUUUCCUCGA